AGUACAGUGCUGAGGGCUGUAAUGUGAGAGAGAGUACAGAGUGGGCUGGAUUGUACCAUGAUUGACAGUGACUGGGUGAGGGCCCCGCACAGCUGUUUGUGAAGUUGAAGAUUUCCUGUUUCCUCUGGAGUUGCUGAAGAGAAGACACGGAGUUUGUGGGCAGCGAACGGUGCCUGUUGGAAUGUGCAGAGCUUUAGUCACAGCUUCAUAACAGCCCGAGCCCGGGGGCGGGGGAGACGCUCGCUGCUGUCUGAAAACUUUCUUUUCUGGAUUACGUGAAUUUUAUGUGGUGAAUCUACUGCGAGACUGUGGGACCUGGAUGUUAUAAUAGAGCAAUGGGUCUGGGAGGCUACUUGCGGAUCCUCAUGGGGCUUUGGAGUUUGACAGCCAGCACGGUUUCAAGUACAUUUCCCUUAUACCUGGGUUCUAGUCGUUUAUGCAAGUUUUGUGAUGAGAUGCCGACAAACUGCAGCGGUAGAGACGUAUGCAAGAUCAACUGUGAUGUGACCACUUCUUGUGAAGAUCCAGAAGAAGUUUGUGUAGCGAUAUGGAGGAUGAAUAACCAGAAUGCAACUAUAGAAACUAUGUGCUACAAUCUUACAAAUGAUCUGUUUGGCCACAAGCUGGAAACCCACAACGAGUGUAUUAUGCAGAAAAUAAAGUCUCCUGGGGAAACUCUGUACAUUUGUGCGUGCUUGGAAGAAGAGUGCAAUGAACAAAUAGUCUUCACAGAUGACAAUGUUACAAAUAGGAAUUCUCCACCCAGAUUACCAAAUGAUGGGAAACAUUCAAUUAUCAGUAGCGUUCCUAAACCUAUUCAUGUACCUGUUGUAUGCAAGUCAUGUGGCAUGAGACUGACAACACAAUGCGAAAAGGAAGGCUGGUGCAACAGCACAUGUGAAACUACCAAAGAUUGUGAAAAUGGAAAUGUUUGUGUAGCUAUAUGGAGAAAUAACAACGGCACCUUUACUGAACAAUUAUGCCAUAACCCUGCACAGAAGCUGUAUGGACACACUGUGGAUUAUCAGAAUUCUUCAAACUGUAUCAUGAAAGAAAAGGAGUCAAAUGGAGAAACAAUGUCCAUGUGCUCCUGUAACACCAACGAAUGCAAUAGUAGAUUCUUCAGAGACCCUAAUAACAAAAUAGACACCCGUGGUACAAAAAAAGGAUUGUGCAAGUUUUGUGACGAGAUAGAGGCAACGUGUGAAAACCAAGGCUACUGCACCAGUGUCUGCGUCAAGAACUCCAUUUGUGCUAACAAAGGAGAAGUAUGCGUAGCUAUAUGGAGAAAUAAGGGUGACAACAUCACUGAGGAAACAAUAUGUCAUGACCCAAAAGAGAAACUCUAUGGCUAUUACUUGGAUGACUUUAGUUCCAAAGAAUGCAUCAUGAAAGAGAAAGAGACAAGUGAGGGGACAAUGUUCAUGUGUUCAUGCGUAGGAAUGCUGUGUAAUGAAAACUUGUUUUUUUCUAAAGAUGACCCAUCAAAAGACAUACUUGUGAAAGCUCUUCUGAUCACUCUUAUUCCACUGGUCUGGAUCAUCAUUGCAGCCAUUGCCACCCUCUACUGCUGCCGUGUUCAGAAAACAAAAAAGCUGAAAAAGAAGAAAUGGGAAAAAAAUGCAAAAUGCAUGCGCCACCCUGAUAUGGACUGCAGCGAUGCCUGUGCAAUUAUGAUUGACGAUGAUCGUUCUGACAUCAGCUCAACCUGUGCCAACAAUCUAAACCACAAUACUGAGCUUCUUCCAAUUGAAUUGGACACUUUGGUGGGGAAAGGUCGAUUUGCUGAAGUGUACAAGGCCAAGCUCAAACAAAAUACAUCAGAGCAGUAUGAAACAGUAGCUGUCAAAAUUUUCCAUUUUGAAGAGUAUGCAUCUUGGAAGAUGGAAAAAGAUAUUUUUUCUGACAUCAAUUUGAAACAUGAGAACGUUCUGCAGUUCCUAACUGCAGAAGAGAGGAAAACGGACAUUGGCAAACAGUAUUGGCUCAUCACUGCUUUCCAUGCUAAGGGCAAUAUGCAAGAAUAUUUAAGCAAGCAUAUCAUCAGCUGGGAAGACCUCUCGAAGCUUGGAGGCUCUUUGGCCCGCGGUGUUGCUCAUUUGCAUAGCGAUCACACUCCGUGCGGCAGACCGAAGACACCAAUUGUUCACCGCGACAUAAAGAGUUCAAACAUCUUGGUCAAAAAUGAUCUGACAUGUUGUCUGUGUGACUUUGGUUUGUCUCUUUGGCUUGAACCGUCACUUUCAGUGGAUGACCUUGCAAACAGUGGACAGGUUGGAACUGCGAGAUAUAUGGCUCCAGAGGUUCUAGAGUCUAGAAUUAAUCUGGAGAACAUAGAAUCAUUUAAGCAAACGGACGUUUAUUCAAUGGCGCUUGUCCUUUGGGAGAUCACAUCCCGCUGUAAUGCCAUUGGAGAUGUAAAAGACUACGAACCUCCGUUUGGCACAAAAGUGCGGGAGCACCCGUGUGUUGAAAGCAUGAAGGACAAUGUAUUGAGAGAUAGAGGGAGACCUGAAAUCUCAAACAGCUGGCUUAGCCAUCAGGGAAUCCAGCUUGUAUGUGAGAUUAUAACAGAAUGCUGGGACCAAGACCCAGAAGCCCGUCUCACAGCUCAAUGUGUAGAUGAACGAUUCAAUGAAAUGCAGAACCUCGACAGACUCUCGGAGAGAAGUUGUUCCGAAGAGAAGAUACCAGAGGACUGUUCAGAGAAUGCAACCAAAUAGCAGCACAGACUGUAGCUGUGUGGACUCUGUUCCACAGGGGAUGGACCUUCCUUGUGGUUUGACUGACAAGGGCCCUGUUUGUAUCAUUGUCGUGUGAUACGAGCGACUGCAAAGACCAAAGCUAUAUCCGUUUGUAAACUAGAGCAGUAUAUGAUCAUGCAAACUUGCUUUACCACAGGAUCAACUGGUAUGAGAGCCUCAGGAUUUUCCCGUUUUUUCUUUAAGAACAGCCAUACUUGUUUGCACUUUACUUUUUUUAUAUAUAAAGCCGAGAUAGCAGAUUUCCUGUAAGCCAAAAUCAUGUCCAGAGGUAUGUUCAAUGCAUAGGAUAUAAAAGCUAUUAGUAAGCUAGAGUACCAGAACUAAACGGACUCUUUGUAAGGAGGUAUAUACAUUGUAUGUGUGCACUGACCAAUCAGGAAAUGCAGCGUAGAGUUUAUCUUCAUAAAGACAAUGCCAAAGACAAAACUAUACCCCAUUAGUUAUUAGAGAGAACAUAGGAUUGAGUACAAGUAAAGUCAGCGGUUCAAUGUUUUUGUACUGCUGAGAUAUUCCUCUACAUUUAGGGGCACAUUUACUAAGCUCGAGUGAAGGAUUAGAAUAAAAAAUACUUCGAAUUUCAAAGUUU